GCUAAAACUAAUAUUGAAAAAGCUCAGGAUAAACAAAAAGCACGCCAUGAUCAAAGCCAUCAAAUAGAGAGUUAUUCGAUUGGUGAUAAAGUGUUAUUGGAACAAUCCUCUCUGUUGACAUCAUAUAGCGUGAAAUUUAAAUUUAAGUUUACUGGUCUAUAUUAUAUUUAUGAUGUUUGUGGCAAUGCAAUUAUAGAAUCUUUCUUAGUCACUACACCUCUGUUAAAACAUAUACUCCAAGUCCAAGACUACCUUAAAGGGUCGACGGUAGAUACUUUACGAAUCACUAGUACCACUAUCGAAUUUCUUGAUAACCAAGGGGAUCAAGUUCCA